UAGCACGCCUCCGCCAAUUGUUUGCGACAACAAUUGGGCCUGCAUAAUGUCCGCCCCUUCGCGAGGCUUCGCCGCCUUCAAGCAGCACGCAUCAUUCCGCCUCCCCUCGUCCCUCCGCACCGCGCUGUUGGGUCCUCGAGAACAGUUCUUCCAGCCAAACGCGAUUCGCGAAUCACGAAAUUUCUCUUCGUCGAUACUGCGCAGAUAUCAAUACCCCAAGACGCCACUAAACAAACCCUCCACAUUCGUUAGCAGCGACCCAGUAUUGCGACAAGUGGUGCAGACACGGCAACCUGUUGUUCUAUAUGAAGCACCAAAGAGCAAAUGGUAUUACUGGAAAGUGUACGGACUUGCAGCGAUAUGGAUUGGCACAGGGGCAUACUCGAUCAAGUUCCAGGAAGACGUGAAGGACAUCCCAGAUUUAGCUUUCUUCGUACGGCCGACAUACGUUGUAGUCGGAUUGGGCUUCAUCGCAAUUGGUUGCUACAUCUGUAGUGCGCCUACAAAUCGCAUGCGUUCGCUGGAGGUAGUGCCGAGUAUGAUGGGCGGACCAAUGCAGUUGCGCAUGGCAGUCAGGCCAGUGCCGUGGGCGAAGGAGCGCAUCAUCUAUACAAAUCUUGGAGGCGCAACAAUUAGUGAAAAGUGCCAGCCUAUGGUGUUGGAACUACAGGAAGCUGAACGAGCGAAACGGCAGAGCGUGUGGCAGGACCUGGGCGACAUGAACAUUGUGUCGAAGGCUUGGGAAGGUUCAGCGCGCUGGGUACAUCAGAAGUGGACAAACUUCUUCUUGAAGUUCAAGUUCGCUGUGCUGAGAUUCGGUAUUGCGAAGGUCGAGGUGCAGGGUGAGAAGUGGAAGAUCGACUGCUCAGGGUAUCUGCUGGAGAACGGCAAAGCUGUCGAUCGUAUCUUACCGGAAGAGUGAAGGUCCUUUGGCGAAGAAAUGGGCGCGCAUCUUGCACCGCUACCCUAGGAGGAUUGUCUGUGCCGCAGCAGGCUGCGAUGCCAUACACUGUUGGCAAUACAUGUACAAAUCAAUUGUAUAAUAUCUUGAGGACCCGAUACCCCAACGGACUACCAUAUCGGCUCGGCGUUGUUGUGCGCCAACGGCCCACAUUCGCUACCUCUGCCUACUCCUAUUAUCAAGCACCUGUGAGGGCUCUACGAAUAUAUGACAAAGCAUUUGGUUGUCUACUU